AUGGAUCGAGUGGUGGCAUUCAUAGAAUUGAGGUUAAUAGCUGCAGCUGCUUUGUUUGCUUUGAGUGCAACGGCGCUUGAUAAUGGCUUGGCUAGAACGCCUCAAAUGGGAUGGAACAAUUGGAAUGCACUCGCUUGCAACGUUUCUGAAGACCUACUCCUACAAACAGCAAAAUUGAUCGUUAAUUAUGGCCUCAAGGACUUGGGUUAUCAGUACGUCGUCCUGGAUGACUGCUGGAGUGCUGGCCGCAAUGCUAGCAACAACAACUCGCUGCUUGCCGAUCUGAAGAAGUUCCCGCGCGGUAUGGCUGCUGUUGCGGAUGAUAUGCAUGCAUUAGGUCUAAAAUAUGGCAUGUACUCCGAUGCUGGCAGUAAAUCUUGUGCUAGAUACCGGGCCAUGAGCGAAGCAUUGAAUGCUACCGGGCGUCCAAUUCUAUACUCCAUCUGCAACUGGGGAGAGGACCAGCCGUGGGAUUGGGCUGCGUCUAUGGCAAACAGCUGGCGGAUCUCAGGCGAUAUCUGGGAUUCCUUCGAUGGUGACAAUGGGACAUGUCCCUGCGACGGCCCAAGUGCUUGGAACUGUACCAACACAGGAAUCAACUGCUCGGUCACAAAUAUCAUGAACAAAGCCUCUUUUAUUACCGCAAAAGGACAGCCAGGGGGAUGGAAUGAUCUGGAUAUGUUGGAAGUUGGUAAUGGAAAUAUGACUGAUUCCGAGUAUGUCGCACAUUUUAGCAUAUGGUCAGUGAUAAAGAGCGCCCUUCUAAUGGGAAAUGAUAUCCGCAAAAUAGCUCCGGCAGACCUGGCAAUCCUCUCAAAUCCAGCCGUCAUUGCUGUAAAUCAGGAUCCGCUUGGAAGCAGCGCGUCGAGGCGUUGGAUGCGCGAUAAUAUCCAAAUGUGUUGUCCUCCUCGUCAACGGCAACAAAGAUUCAGCGUCAUGAACGCCACUCUCGCAGAUAUUCUCGCAGACUAUACUCCUAAUGCACCGGAACUCAAGCUGGCUUGGGAAGUACGGGACUUAUGGGCGAAUCGAAUGUCAAACGAUAUGGCUUCCGCUAUUAUUGCCGGGAAUAACUCGACGGAGGGGAGGUACAAUUCGACGGAAACGAGCUAUGCCGAUGGUUUGGCUCAGGGUAAUCCACUUUUAGUAGGAAAUGUGACAACAACCGUUCAACCUUCUGGUACGAUCACGGCUACUGUGGGCCGACAUGGUGCGGCGAUGUUUAGGCUGAGGGCUCUUACUACAACAACAUGUUAA